AUCAUGUCAGGGGAGGAAAACAAACUCACGUUUUCCUGCCGGCACUCCUCCAGCGUGGCGUUGGUCUCGUUGAGGCGUCCCACCAGGACCAGGAAGUCGGCUUUCAGCUUUUCCUCCGCAUUUCUGGCAUCCUCCAGCAGCUGCUCCACAGCCACCAUGUUCUUGCCGAAAACAACCUUGGCUCCCUCCAGCUUCUCCGUCACGUCCUGCAGCUCUGCCCGACACCGAGCCGAGCUCUUCAGGUCCGGAGACGUCGCCCACACCACUAUGAUGAUCAGCGACACCACGGACCAGAGAGCCAGCAGGGCGAGGACCACGUUCUUGGCCGUCUGCGAGGACUUGGAGGCGGUCGCCAUUGGAGGAGGAGGAUGAUGGAGAUGGAGAUGGAGAUGGAGAAGGAGAAGGAAGAAGAGCUGCUCUCACUUAGACUCUCUCAGGGUGAAGUGAGCUGGAUUUUCCCUUCUGGCUGGGCAGGAAAGAAAUCUCAGCAACGCCCCCUGCCUUACCCACUCCUCUCCCCUCCUGGAGCCUCCCCACCCUAAACCUCACCCACCCAGUGUUAUCAUGCCAAAAGGACGCCGUGAUCAACAGGAAAGUCACACACACACACUUUACACAUAAACGAAACUUUCCACGUGCAGCAGAGUGUGUGGUGCGGUGUGUGUGUGUGUGUGUGUGUGUGUGUGUGUGUGUGUGCGCGCAGGGGGGGGAACACUGAGGCUUUCUGUUUCUGUUUCCCAGCCUCACAGGGAUAUGAACCUGGAUGAACCCUGAAGCACAAACUAUGUGGAUCCUUGGCAGCAGCGUGACUUCAAAAAAAGAAGUUUGAGGCUAAGAUUCAUUUUGAUCCUUUUGUUUUAUGAUUUUGUUUUUAAUUAUUAUGUGUUAUUGCCUUUGUAAAGCACUUUGAAUUGCAUUUCUGUCUGAAAUGUUCUAAAUAAACUAACCUUAAGAAGCAGAACUUAGUCAGAAACCGAGGAAGUGUUCCGCUUUCUGAUUCUCUCGGCUUCAUUCCUCUUCAGCGCUCACUUUUUCCUGAACUGAUGCCAGCGCACAACUGGCACCCCUGGAAACAGUCAAACAACAUGUCUAUAUAAACAUCUGUAACGUGGAACAGCUACAGGAAUCUCUCAGUGUUAACCCCCCCCCCCGCCUUCCUUAGGGACACACCUCUCCACCACACCCCAACAGACUAGAGUUUCACAAUUAACUGUUUAGUGUGAUAAUCAUAUUCAGAAUAUUUUCUUUUUGCCCUGGGGGAAUUUUGUAACAGCCGCUGCAUUUUAGAAUGGAAAAAAUACAAAAUCCAAUGAAAUUAUUUCUAUGAAACAAGUCAAAUUAAAAUGGGAAAAAAGGUGAAAUAAAAGAUUACAUUUAAUUAAUAAAUAAGUCAUUUUACUGUUUUUGAUAAUCCAUAAAAACGGUAAUUAUAUCAGUAUAAUUUCAAACACAAUCUGACAAUAAAAGAAAUAAACUACCAAGACAUAAAUAUAAUCAUUAACAAAUAAAUAGGAACAAUUAUUUUUAGAUGUUCGUAAAAUAUAAGUAAGUAAUAUCUAAAUAAACUACGGAAUUAAAAAGUAAUAAACAAAUAAGCAACCUAAAAGAUAUUGGAAAAAAGCUGCUUCUUAUAAACAUAUCUAAGAAACACGUGAGUGACUGAAAUAAAAUAAUGUGACCUGGGUUCAGAAACAGACCAACAAAGUCUCUGGUGUGUCUCAACAUGGAGGAGGUCAAAGAUGUUUGUUUACUAGAAAGAGCACAUGUUUUUUGGGGGCACAUGGCAGAGUUUAGGUCCAAAUACACCAGCGCUGAACAGUUUGUCAAAAUAUAUCAUAUAUGUGUACAUAUUAUAUAUGAGUGCGUGCUCACAUUAAUAAAACAUUACCUAGUAACACCAGACAGGGAAAAUAUCACUAACCCACACAUGUUGAUUUAGUGAUCGUGGUGUGUUUCUGUGACUAUGUCAUUAUUAACCUGAAAGAUUUGGGGACUUUAGACUUUGAUCAAACAAAACACAUAUUUGAAGUCCUAAAUCUGUGGAGACUAUUUCUGACCAUUUUGGGACAUUUAAUAGACUAAACUGUAACAAAACAACUUAUUUUCCACGAUUAAGAAAAUAUCUGGUAUAAUAUCAACCCCUAUUUAUACAAUUUAAUCCCGACUGGUUUUAUCUGUGUGUCUUUCUGUGCAUACCAAACAGGAAGAGGAAAUAUCUCGCUAGCAACAUCAGCAGGUUGUUGUGUUUCAAAAGGCAGGAUAUAAGCAUUUUAAUCUGAGUGCAGCUUAAAGUGUUUUAACUUAAUGAAGCUCACAGCUGUUUACUGCAGGAGCUGACACACUCUGAUGAGAUUCAGACGAAAAAUGUAUCAUGCAGGACAACAUUUCUUCAAACCUGCUGCAGAAACACACUCAUCACUUACUAAGGAACGAGCAGGAAACCGCAUAUUAGCGUCUUCAAGUUAUAUUUCAAAGAAUCUUCACACGUAAACUUCUUCACACCUCCUGAACCUGUUUCAUCUGUCCAAAUACAGGAAGUUCAGGUGAAGACAGGAAAUAAUACAUUAGCCGCAAGAGCUACCAGCCUGCAAACUGGAUUUCAGAACAUGUAUUUCUGCUUGAAUAGUGACUGAAAGGUCAAAAUAGUUGCAGAGUGUUUAUGUUUAAAGGUUAUUGGUCCCAUAUAUUGGAAGAUGUAUUAUGAGAAUACUUCUCAUUGUUGUGUGCAGAGGUGGAAGAACUACUCAGAUUAUGAAUUUAAGUAAAAGUAGCAAUACUACAGUGUAAGAGUACUCAAGUGCAGCAUUUUCUUCCUUAAGCACGGUACUUAAAUGCACUUAGUUACAUUACAGCCCUGUUAGUGUUUUACUGGUGACUCUGAAGCAUGACUUGCUCAAUAACAGACAAAAAUCUGUUUCUGUUCCACAGAAAUCCUGCUGGCAACAUCCCAGUGUUGCAACAGAGUGAGGAGUGUCUGAUGAUCUAUAUCUGCUGUCAGUUUGCAAAACUGACUCCUCAGAUCCACAGAAUUAGAGGUUAUUUCUGUCUGUGGAGUCUGUAGCGCCCCCAUGUGGCUGUAACACCUAAUUACAUCAUAAUCUAUCCAUCAGACUGAUAUCCAGGGAGUCCACACAGCCCCCUGCUGAAAUAUUUUAAACACUUUGCAUGUGAUUUGUCAAGUUGAAUUCAUUAAAUAGUUAUUAAAUCAUUAUUUUAUUUUUUUACUUUUUAUUAAUUGUCCUAUUUUGAAAAUCCCCCCCAAAAAAUGUAACCUACAGUAUGAAUGAAACAUGCCUUAUCGUGUCCUUAAAUCAGAAGGCAGUUAAACACAAAACAAUAUGAAUAAAAAAAGAAAAACAGCCCGAAAAAAUGAAGAAACUACUACAUUGAAAACACAUUAAAAUGAAUAUGAUAAUCUUAUGUUGGUGGAUAAUUACAACAUAAAACAUUAACAUAUUAAAUCUGAUCGCAAGACAUGAUUCUGGAAACUCAAAAAGCUAAACAAAAAGGGAAGCUUAUUUGCUUUCUUUCAUCAAACAUGAUGAAAUGGAAAAAAUAUAACGCUAUAUAUUUAUAUUUACUGUAACUACGGAUGGAGUUUGCUGUGACUGGCUGUCUACGUUCAGGGGAUUUCGAUGGUGUAGUUUUAGUGAUGAACUGAUAGAAAUGGUUGAUAUAUAAACUGAUCAUUAAAAUAAUCGUUGGUGGGCUGGAUGCUGUUUUACUGUAACUGUCAGGAGUUGUUUUUUGAAACGCUCUGUUGGUUUUAAGAACAAUAACAGCAGUGUUUCCUCAGUCAGUCGAUGAACGAUGAAGUCUGUGCUGGUGGUGCUGAUCCUCCUCUCUGUCAGAGGUCUCCGUUGGCAGCAGCAUGUCACCGCGCUGCAGGCCUCCACGGUGCAGGUGAAGCUUGGGGAAGAAGCGAUGCUGCAGUGCCCCCUGAUGGACGGCUCCUUCAAUGCCUCUUCCAACGCCUCCUUCAACGCCUCCUUCAAUGCCUCCUUCAAUGCCUCCUUCAAUGCCUCCUCCACCCUCAGCUGGUACAGGAAGGCUGCAGGUCGGAGCCCAGAGCUGCUGCUGAGCAUCAGGUCUGCAAACUCCUCUAAAGUGAAGUACGGCCCCCGGUGUCGGUCCUGAGAAAGUCUCUGCUGCAGUCGACGGCUCGCUGCUGCUGCAUCACUCCAGCCAGAACGACUCAGCGGUUUAUUACUGUGGCUUGACUCAGGGAGAAGAGCACAAUAAGAAAGCAACACCUUAGGAACUCUUUUAGAAAUUGUGUUUACUCUAAAGAUAGUUUAUUUUGGAUUUUUCUGUCAUGUUUGGGCUCUUAAUCUCAGCUUGUACUUUUACCAUUUCAUUUAGUUCAUGGUUUUAACCUUUUUCUUAUCUUUUUGAUUACUGUCCCAUUAUAUGAAUUUUAUGUCAUGAAUUUUACUUUUAAAUCUCAUUAUUUUGGCUUGAUCCCACCGUUUUAUCAACAGUUUUUUGACUUCAACCUCAGUGUUUGGACUUUUAAAUGAAUGAUUGUGACUUCUGAACUCGUAAAUUAUUACAUCUUUGUUAUCAUUUCGUUGAUUUCUUAUCCCAUGAUCAGAUUCAGUCUGUUAUAGCUUCUUAGAUAAUGUUUUGUUUAAAAUGUAUUAAAACUAUAGGUAAGCCCAGUCUUACCUGAACACAAAGUUUUGUCAUCUGUCGUGUUGUCUUACAAUUACCUUAUUAAAAUAUUUAGUUUGUUGAAA